UAGAAUUUCGUAGGGCAACACUGUUCACUUCGCGUGCUGAUUUGUUUAUAAUUUUCGGCCAUGCAAUUCCACUUUAAAAUAGCGGACGCUGAACGAGAUAGGGACAAUGCUGCGGCAACCAGCAAUGCCGUUCUCAACCCGCACGCCGCUUUGCAGCCGCAGCAGCCGGUUGCACUGGUGGAACCCAAGGACGCCCAGCACGAGAUUCGACUGCAGAAUAUCGUGGCCACGUUCUCGGUGAACUGCGAACUGGACCUCAAGGCGAUCAACUCUCGGACCAGGAACUCAGAGUAUUCGCCCAAGCGCUUUCGGGGCGUGAUCAUGCGAAUGCACGCCCCCCGCUGCACUGCUCUAAUCUUCCGGACGGGUAAGAUCAUCUGCACUGGUGCACGCAACGAGAUCGAGGCUGAUAUUGGCUCCCGAAAGUUCGCCCGAAUCCUGCAAAAGCUGGGUUUCCCAGUGAAAUUCAUGGACUACAAGCUGCAGAACAUUGUGGCCACGGUGGACUUACGUUUCCCCAUCCGCCUGGAGAACCUCAAUCAGGUACACGGCCAGUUCAGUUCUUACGAACCUGAGAUGUUUCCCGGCCUCAUCUAUCGCAUGGUCAAACCUCGUGUCGUGCUCCUAAUCUUCGUCAACGGCAAGGUCGUCUUCACGGGGGCCAAGUCGCGCAAGGACAUAAUGGACUGCCUGGAGGCCAUCUCGCCCAUUCUGCUUAGUUUUCGCAAAACGUAGGAAGAUUUGUUGUAUACUUUAGUUUUGUUAAAUUAGUUUAGGUCUUUUGCGAACAACUUGAUUAUUUAUAUGCGUAAAAAUACGGACAUAAAUGUUUAAUUUUUUUAAAGACAGCUAUUACCCUUAGUUUUCUAAUUAUUAAAUCCAAUGAUUUUUUAAAGAAUCAAGAGUUUACACAAAAUAUUAUAAUAUUUUGCAUAUACAUGAAUUUUAGACUGUUUCGCCCCAUUUAUCUAUUAUGUAUAUAAAAUAAAGCGUUUUAUAAUACCCA